UUCAAAAUCGUCCCGCCAAUCAGAGCGAAAUGAAGGAGCACCAAACUCCACGGAAGGACUAUGCUCGUCCCUCAGAGCUCGCGAACCGGAGAUCCAAAGACUCCUCGUCGAAGAAGCUCCAAAAUGUCACCAAGAAAAGCUUGAACGCUGCAUUCACGUCUGUUUCCGAAGAUCCUUCGGAAUCUUCAAAGGAAUCGGUGGAUUUAUCUUCAAUUUCUGAGAUCGCUGACUCUGAUCAUAUUGGAGAAAUCGCAGAAAGCUUCUUGAUUGCGGCGAAUCCGUCACUUUUUGCUUCAUCUGAAUCCUCAAUUCCUUCUGACUUUACUCCGUCUUCCACGAUCACCGCUGACAUGGACGAACCAGGACAGCUUUCCGGAACCAUCGAAACAACUGGUUUGAAGAUCGGUUCUGUGGAGUCAGAGAUCUUGGUCGAUAUUCUGAAACGAAAUCGAACUCAAGUCCUGAACUCAGCGGAUGUAGAUCCUCAAUCUAAGAAGAUUCUGGACGCACUGAUUGCGAUCGUUAUUGACGAGUUCUAUACUCGCCCGGAAGAGAGAGACCGCUUUGCUGAGCUCAUUUCAAUCAAAACUCAAAUAGUGCUCCUCUCUUUCUUCUUGUGGAUCUUUGCAGUGGCAGUUGCUUUCUUCUUCGGUUCGGGGGUCCAAAACUCUUCCAGCGGGCCUUUUCCAACCUGAACAAGCAUUAGUGGUAAGAGCUUUAGUUGAUAGGCUUAGUAGGUCUACUUUUGCUCCUUUUGUCAUGCUUUGCAUUUUCCUUUCUCUCAGAUAAUCUUUGCUACAUUGGAGUGUAUUGAACUGGAAAGUACGUUCUAGUUGAUCACCACAUAUCUGUAAAUGGAAAUGAUUUGGUUG